CUUUACCGUAGGGAUCCCCUGAGCGUGGACGCUUUGGGGGCGAAGGAGCGGGCCGGACCAAUCAAGAGGCCAUCUCCCCCAACAUCGCCAACAAGGCAGACCCAGCGUCAGCCUGGGUCCUCUCUAUGCUGUUCCCAGUGCAAUGCCGCGCAUCUCCACUGAAACGCUAAGCACUAUCGUAGUAUGAGCCCUGUCGUGGAAAAGGGAGGGUUAUAUAUGCCUUGUCUUUUCCCAUAUCCCCAAUACAUUGCAGUAAACCCAAUGUCAACACCAACAAGUCAUGCAUGGCGCUCUCCCUCCAGCAACAAGCUCCAGUGCAACCACGAUGGCCCUUAGCAAUCCGGAAUGAGACCAUCACGACAGCCGAGCCAGAGACGGUCAUCACAGUCCGCAACAGUCCCGAGCCAUGGCAUCCACUCGACUACACUGUCGCCCACGAGAACGGAGCAACCCUAUUCACAGUCAACGGAAAUCCAUGGGGUCUUGCGCAACGCCGCAUCUUCCGCGAUGCAUCGGGCCUCCCUCUAUUCGAACUACGGAGUCGGUGGUAUGACUCGUCUACGCUCGAGCUCAAGCUCCCCGGCGGGGCAGCAACCAGUGAAACGCUACUAUCAGCAAAAUGUCGCGUAGCAGUCCAAGCGCCUAGGGCUGUGCUUCGGUUCCGCAAUUCAUGCAUACCACUAAAUGCGAGAAGACCCACGCAGAAAUAUAAGAGCAAAAAGACGCUAACGGAUACCCUGAUGCGGCCGUCCACCGUCGACCCUGAAACAACCAUGGAGAUUUACUCGCUGGACGUGGACAACUUUGCUCAAGUUGCUGUUGUAGAUGGUCAGCAGGUUGCGAAUAUUGACCGAGUCACCGAUCCGGGGGAGUUGGCGCAGGGCCAGAAACCACCGUUUCGGUUUCGGCCUAUGUGGAGGGUUAGGGUUGCGAGGGGCGUGGACUUAGCUCUAGUGAGUUGAGACCUGAUCUG